CUUUCUUUCUGAUUGAUUUCCAUUUCAAGUAGUGCUUUCUUUUCUUUUAGGGUUACCAAAAUUGGGUGACAUUUGCAACCCACAAAAGCAUCAGAAUCAACUUGUUAAUCAUUUAUGCCAUGAUCAAGGGUUUUGUGAAGAUUACUGGACUUGCAAUGAAUUUUUAAAGAGAAAGUUGAAGCUUUUAUUAUUAUUUUUAUUGUUACUAUGGUUAGUUAGUUUUUGAUGAUUUUAAGGUGGACUGUUAGGCACAAGUUUGUUACUUUUUAUGUACCAAAAUAAAGUAUGGCUGGUGGAACUGGUGUUACACCAUCAUGUGUGAUUGUAGAAGAAGAUGAUUUUAAGAAUAAUAAUAUUAAUAUUAAUAUCACUUCUGGGGUGGAAGAAGAAAGAUUAAAGAAUUCAGACCAGUUGGAUCAACUGGAAGUUGGAAAACCGCCAAGACAUAUGUCGGUUGUUCGCCAUAGCGUGAGCACUGCUACGCUGCUGCCGCCUGCAAAUCCGGACUUUGACCUUGGGAUUGUUGGGGAAUCUGAAUAUAUGCCGAUGAUGAUUCGAUCAGGAAGUUGUGCGGAGAAAGGGCCGAAGGAAUACAUGGAAGAUGAACAUAUAUGUAUAGACGAUCUUCUAGAACAUUUAGACACGAUAGAAGGUUUACCUCCCGUUGGAGCUUUCUAUGGGGUUUUUGAUGGGCAUGGUGGAACCGAUGCUGCAUCGUAUGUUAGAAAGAACAUAUUGAAGUUCAUAAUUGAGGACCCGCAGUUUCCGGGCUGCUUGAAGAAGGCGAUAAGAAAUGCAUACAUAAAAGCCGAUCAAGCAUUUGCAGAAAACAGUUCUGUUGAUAUAUCUUCGGGAACCACUGCAUUGACCACUCUUGUAUUUGGAAGGAUGAUGGUAGUUGCAAAUGCCGGUGAUUGUCGGGCCGUUUUAGGAAAACGAGGCAAAGCAAUAGAAUUAUCGAACGACCACAAACCUAAUAGUUUAUCAGAGAGGCAUAGAAUUGAACAGCUCGGUGGUGUGAUUUAUGACGGGUACUUAAAUGGUCAAUUAUCGGUGGCCCGAGCUCUUGGAGACUGGCACAUGAAAGGCCCGAAAGGCUCUGCUUGCCCGUUAAGUGCCGAGCCGGAGUUGCAAGAAAUUUUAUUGAUGGAAGAUGAUGAGUUUCUUAUAAUGGGGUGUGAUGGACUGUGGGAUGUCAUGAGCAGUCAAUGUGCUGUGACAAUAGCCCGAAAAGAAUUAAUGAUUCAUAACGACCCGGAAAGAUGCUCGAGAGAGCUCGUUCGUGAAGCACUUAAACGGAGUACGUGUGAUAAUUUGACGGUAAUUGUGAUAUGUUUUUCUCCAGAUCCACCACCUUGGAUUGAGAUUCAAUCACAAAUCGGACAUAGGAGGGGUAUUUCUUCAGAAGGCUUAAACUUUCUUAAGGGCAUUUUAGAUGGUAAUUUAUAAAAAUCUGUGUUUAUAAUGCUUAUGUACUUGUUUCAGGAAAAUAUGAUGGAAAUUAGCGACCUUUGUGUA